UCAAAGCAUGCAGGCGACUACCCUCCAAGGAGUCCUGAUUCCUUUUAAUUAAAAAAAAGACAUUAAAAUCUGGACACCUAGAGUAAGACUAAGAGCUGGUAUUGGGUCAAGCGCUGCCUCUGUUGCUGUUAUUGGGUCAUCCUGUUGUGAUGGAGCUGAAAACAUUUUCAGUCAUGAAAUCACAUUGAUUUCUGCAAUGUAAUAUAUAUUAUACCGUAGUCUACUUUUCUAAUGUGAUUUUGUUCAGCACUUUCUCCUAAAUUGACAUUCCAUAUGAAGUCAGUUAUGAACUGUUGAUUUUAAUUUCAAAUACUUCUUGUGCCAUUCCUCUCCUUUCUGUCACAUUAGUUGCUGCCUCAUUUGGGCCCCAUUUAGGCUGGGUCACAGAAACAGCCUCCACACUGACCUCCCAGGCCUGGUCUACCCACACUACCUCUUCAGCACCUCUUCAGCACCUCUUCACCACCAUGCCUCUUUCCUUGUAAAAAUCUUUCGGUGGCGCUUCUUGGGAAGUCCCAUUGGACCUUCCUGGAGCUCAGUCCAGCAUGAAAUUGCCAAGGAGGACUCCUUUAGCCCCUUAGGUUUGUCGCCCCUAAAGCUGGUGGACGGGAAUGCAACCUGUCUACUUUCUUGCUGCCCCGACAGGGAAACAUUCAGAUCUUGUUUCAUUUUAAGGAUUCUCUGCUCAUCAGUAAAAGUAAAAAGAUGUGAGUGAUUAGCCCAGCUAACAAACACCAGAGAGUUACAAAGUUCCUAUUAUAUGGUUCUGGUCUCUUCCAGGCCCAGUAGUCACUGGCCUGGUCCCUGGGGCUUGGGAGGGAAACAGAAGCUGGAAGAGUCUGCAGAGCCCCAGGCAGGCAAAUGAUUUUCAGUCCUCAAACCAAACAGUCUUUAUUAUAUGUCUGUUCAACCUUUAUGUAAGGCAGGAGAGUUGACAUCUUAGGGGGAUGUUUUGUAGAUUCCCACUGGAAGGAUCUAUUUAUUUCAACAAGUGGUAGGAUCUACUCACAUUUCGUCAGUUAUACGGAAACUUGAGUCAGCUGGCACCAGACUUCUUUCUGAUUUAUUACAGUAACACUUUUACUACCUCUAAUGGAUGAUACCCUAGAAAGCUGUCCCUUAAUCCCUCUCUAGGUGCUGGGAGCCAGAUAGAAGGGGCAAGAUCACAUCUUCAGAGUGUGAUUGCAGGGAGUCAGGAUCAGAACAAUGAUCCCAAAAGGGCCAUGGGGUAUGAAAGGCCUGAGGCAGGCUUUAGGGUGCCUGAGCAUGAGGAAGAGGAGGCAUAAAGGAGAUGAGAGCAAGCAUCAUUUGGUUGAAACAAAUUGUGCCAGCCCCUCUUCUUCUUUGUUAACAGAACCCCACUUCUGUGCAUUAAAAGCAAUUUGUCUAUCUUGUAAUCCUAGCACUUUGGGAGGCGGAGGCGGGCGGAUCACGAGGUCAGGAGAUCAAGACCAUCCUGGCUAACGCGGUGAAACCCUGUCUCUACUAAAAAUACAAAAAAUUAGCCGGGUGUAGUGGUGGGCGCCUGUAGUCCCAGUUUCUCAGGAGGCUGAGGCAGAAGAAUGGCGUGAACUCGGCAGGCGGAGCUUGCAGUGAGCCGAGAUCGCGCCACUGCACUCCAGCCUGGGCGACAGAGCCAGACUCCGUCUCAAACAACAACAACAACAACAACAACAACAACAAAAGCAAUGUGUUUAGCCCAGGCCACAAAAUACACAACCCAUCAUUAGGCCAAGGUAAUCAUGACAAUCCCAUUUGCUUUUGGCAGGCAUGUGCUCUCCCAGCCUAACUGAAAUGGAGUCCCUAGUCCUAACCAAUGACAGGCAGAAAUCUACUGGAGGUUUCUGGAAAGGCCUUUGGAGUCUGAUAAGAGACAUGGGGGGAGGCUUGCUUGUCCACCACCAUCUCUUGCCUUUGAGGACUGCUGGGAUACCUAGAAGUGCAACAUCUACCCUGAUACAGGAUGCAAAGAUUCCUCAUGAGAUCAGAUUCCCUGUUCCAGCCCUGAAAUUGCUUGCCUCCAGUCUUGUCUGUGAGGUCUUGAAACAUGUCCAUUGCUGAAAACCCUGUUAGUAGGUUAGGAGUGACUUGGUCCGGGCAUUUCCCCAUUCACCAAAGUGCCAGGCAUUAAGUGGGCCCUUUCAACUUGGGACAUCAAGCUCCUUCGUUCUGGGAAAUUUCCUUAAAUUCAAGGUACCAUCGUCAUGAAAUUUCUGAACUUUAAAGAGAAGAUCCUAAAAUCUUGCAGAGAGAAAAAAAUGACGCAUCACUUCUCACCACACUGAAAAACUGAAGACAAUGAAGCCUGCCUUCAAAAUGCUGGGGAGAAAUUCUUUUCAAUCUAGAAUUCCAUACAAGCCAGAAUUUAAAUUUGAGGGUUGAAUAAAUACUCAGGUAUUUGAGGGCUCAUAAACUUUUUAGCUAGUGUACUCAUCUUAAGAAACCACUAAAAAUGGCGUGCUCCUGUGAAAGAAGUGAGUUCGACAAGAAAAAGGAAGACAUGGGUCCAUAGAUCCAACUGUCUCCGAAUCUCUAGACUGGUGACACGCAGUUCCCAGUUCUCUGGGGACCUCCUCAGAUCUCCCUGUCGUGUCAUCUCACAUCUGUCAUCUCUCGGGUCAUAUCCAACACACUGGGCCACCCACGCACAGGGACGACGCGACAGCCCUGUGGCUCCACCGCCCAGGACAGCAACGACUGGCAAUCCUGUGCCGGCCCUGCUCGACGCAAGCACCUCCAGCGCCCGGUUGCGUCUUAGUGACCCUGGGACCGCCAGCCAGGCACCACGCCCGACGCAGGCUCAGUCAGUGUUGGUCGGAUGCAUGAAUGAAUGGGAAAAACAAACGAAGUCUCUCUCCCUGGCCCUGCUCCCAUACAUCUGUUGGCCUAGGUCUUGGUUUUAUCCGAAGACUUAGAGAAGGGACGCAAGUUCCUUCCCGGAGCCAGAAGGAAUCCGUCGAGAAGCGGGACCUCAAGCUCGCGGCCCAAAAGCGCGGCCCCGCCACGACGCCUGCUAGCUGGCCCCACUUCGGCGCGCGCCGCUUACAUCAUAGCUCGCCUCUCCCCUUCCCUAGCCACACCCCCUUGCCUGGCGACCCGGAAGUUGUACUUGUAACUGCGGCUUUCCUUCUCCCACAAUCCUUCGCGCUCUUCCUUUCCAACUUGGACGCUGCAGAAUGGCUCCCGCAAAGAAGGGUGGCGAGAAGAAAAAGGGCCGUUCUGCCAUCAACGAAGUGGUAACCCGAGAAUACACCAUCAACAUUCACAAGCGCAUCCAUGGAGUGGGCUUCAAGAAGCGUGCACCUCGGGCACUCAAAGAGAUUCGGAAAUUUGCCAUGAAGGAGAUGGGAACUCCAGAUGUGCGCAUUGACACCAGGCUCAACAAAGCUGUCUGGGCCAAAGGAAUAAGGAAUGUGCCAUACCGAAUCCGUGUGCGGCUGUCCAGAAAACGUAAUGAGGAUGAAGAUUCACCAAAUAAGCUAUAUACUUUGGUUACCUAUGUACCUGUUACCACUUUCAAAAAUCUACAGACAGUCAAUGUGGAUGAGAACUAAUCGCUGGUCGUCAGAUCAAAUAAAGUUAUAAAAUUGC